UUACACAGUUGCGCAUCUCUAAUUUACACAUUACGCAAAGAAUUUUAUUUUUGUUUAUUAAAAAUGUCGCUGCUCAGCGCCUUUGCCAGAUUAGGAUUACAGAGAGGCGGAGUAGCCAGCUCCGUCGUGGCACGUUGCCUGCACACCACACCUGUGCUCUGUGCCGAACCGCUUAAGAAAAAGAAGAAGCUGGACCCACAGGUUAUCAAGCAGAGGGAGGACCGCAGAAAAAAGAAGAUUGAGAAGCAGAUUCGUCGGCUGGAGAAGAAUGCGCGACAGCUGAAACCGGUGGAGGAGCUGGAGGUGCCACUGGAGCUUAUCGACGAAAAGGACAAGCGGCAACGAAAACUGACGACAUUGGGCAGCGCGGAAGUGGAGGAGCGCGCCCUGCUAAAGAAAGAAUGGGCCCGCUACAAGCACGACGAGAGAGUGGCCGACUUCCAAAUCAUUGACCGCCUAGUGCAGUCGCAGAACAAGGCGCUGGAAGAGCUGCGCCGCGAGUCCGAGGACCUGUACCAGGCAGCCAUCGAAGUCGACCUGCAGCUGCUGCCCGUAACGCUGAAGGGCCCCGUCUCCACCCCACCCAUCAAGAACUACGCGAGCCCCGAUGGCGACUACAUACACCAGUCCAUGAAGUGGGAAUGAGUCCCACAGCUGUUAGGGACUGUGUGCAUGUUAGGGUGUUGGGUCAAAGAUUAUUGUUGUUGCUUACAUCAGAAAUACAAAGAAUAGUUAAUUAAUCACCCAU